UGUAUGACGCCACGAUCGUUUUUUGUUUAUUUUUAAUUUGAUCCAAAAAUUGUUUUCAACAAGUAAUGAAAGGACGUUGUUGAAAAUGAGCAUGACAAUUUCAGCAGUUCGGCCUAGAACUAGUAUUCUUGAUAAAUCAUUUAGCCGAGGUCGCGGAGAAGUUAGUUUAAGUUGUUAUGCGUUGCUGUUUUCAGAGUUAGUUCAGUACUGCCAAAAUCGUGUUUCAACAGUUCCUGAUCUUCAAAUUAAACUUGCUGAAAUGGGGCAAGAAGUUGGCAUGAAGUUCAUUGACUUGCUGUUUGUUCGAGAGAGGAACUGUAAACGUGAAAUUAAGCUACUCAACAUGCUUCUCUUCGUAAAAUCAACUCUGUGGAAGGCCCUGUUUGGGAGGGAGGCCGACAAGCUGGAACACUCCAACGACGAUGAGCGGACGUACUACAUCAUUGAGAAGGAGCCGUUGGUUAACAAGUUCAUCUCUGUUCCUAAAGACAAGGGCAGCUUGAAUUGUGCCAUGUUCACUGCAGGGAUCAUAGAGGCAGUACUCAAUGGAUGUGGUUUCUCAGCGAAGGUUACAGCACAUUGGCAUAAAGGAACAACAUACAUGGUCAAGUUUGAAGAUUCUGUUAUCGCAAGAGACAAGCAAUUGGAAGAUAGAUAAUCAUGGUAAACUACUUACUAAUUUUGGGGACAGUAUUUUCAUUGUAAAUGUAUGAUCUCUGUACAUACCUACAGUCUUCAUUUAUGUGCUUAAUGUUUUUCUUGUUAAAGUUCCCUGAUUAUUUUGGCUAGAUGUUGAGUUAAAAAAAAAGCCACUGUUGAAGGGAAAAGAAAAAAGUGUUGUAUGUAUAUGUUUGAGAUUAAAUUCAUUUGACAUUAAA